GGUAUGUAAUAUACGGAUACUGUCGAUUCGAGUAAACUCGUAUUCAUCUUCUUACAUACUGUUUGUCAGAAAAAAAAAACAUGAAAACCAAAGUCUUUUACUGUUGUUUGGUCUUGUUUUUUCUGGGUUUUCAGGGUUAUGUUGAUGCAAGACUAUUAGUAGAAUCAAAACCGGAUAGAGAUGAUACUGCUGCUUAUGCUCGUUGGUUGGUCUCCCAGAAUUCUUGGGGGAUUUUAACUACAUUAUCAAUUGAGUUGGAAGGGUCACCAUUUGGGAAUGUCGUUUCGUUUAGUGAUGGGGUACCUGGAAAAGGUACUGGUGUCCCAUAUUUCUAUUUGACAACCCUUGAUCCAACAGCAAGAAAUGCAUUAAAAGACCAUCGGUCCUCACUUGCAAUCAGUGAGUAUCCGCUUGGAACUUGCAGCAAUGCCGACCCAGAAAGCCCUGUGUGUGCAAAAAUCACACUCACGGGAAGGUUGGUCCUACUUGAAGCAAACUCCAAAGAAGCAGAGUUCGCUCGAACUGCGCUGUUCACAAAGCAUCCUGAAAUGAAGGGGUGGCCUAAAGGUCACGAUUUCCAGGUAUUCAAAUUGGAAAUUGAAGACAUUUUUAUGAUUAACUGGUUUGGCGGCCCUAAACCGCUCACAGUUGAUCAAUACCUCAAAUACAAAAUGAACAUAUUUGCCCUCGAUAAGUGAAAAAAGUGAAAUACAAUGCUGAACUCCAUUCUUGUACAUGAUUAUAUUGCAAGUAAAUGUAAACUGUGUUUAAUGAAAACUUGUAAAUAAAUUGAACUAUUGUUUAUGGUUCGUGCUAUUGAAGUAAGAAAUAAUCCGAAGCAAAAAAGAAAAAAGGUUAUUUGAUUAUUGUUUUGAAA